CCGGCGGGCCCGGCUCCGGGACGAGGUCGGCUGCCCGCUCUUUUUUUCCGGUGGGGAAAAUGCAGCCCGGAGUGGCAGACGGGCUCUGGUCGCCCUCCCUCGGUUCGUCUCAUCCUGGGGCCGCCCGAACCCUGUCCAAGGGAAGGGAACCAGGAGUUAGGACUGGACACUUGGGAUUGUGGGAUUACUGAUAUGCUUUCCUAAGCCGCAAAAAAGUUGAAGAUGUCUAAAUACUUAACGGCUUUGACAGUGACCACCCUUGUCGGUGUGGCUGUCGGGGGGUUUGUCCUGUGGAAGGGCAUCCGGUGCCGGAGGAGCAAAGCGAGCCUUGACCCCUGGCAACGGCGGAGGCAGCAGCAAGCCCCAGGCAGGAGGGAGCAGCCCCCUCCAGCAGACGACCAGCUGCACUGCGGUGCCCCCAGAGCCUCAUGGGAGGAGAAGAUUCUCGAAGCAAAGGUGGUGACUGUGUCUCACGAGGCAGAGUGGGACCACAUCGAGCCAUUGCUUAGGAGUGAGUUAGAAGAUCUCCCAGUACUUGGAAUUGACUGUGAGUGGGUGAAUUCGGAAGGCAAAGCCAGUCCCCUGUCACUCCUUCAAAUGGCCUCCUCGAGUGGCUUCUGUGUCUUAGUUCGCUUGCCAAAGUUGAUCCGUGGCGGAAAAACACUACCAAAAACAUUAUUGGAUAUUUUGGCAGAUGGCAGUAUUUUAAAAGUUGGAGUAGGAUCUUCAGAAGAUGCCAGCAAGCUGCUGCAGGACUAUGGCCUCAUUGUUAAGGGGUGCCUGGACCUCCGGUACCUAGCCAUGAGGCAGAGAAACAAUUUGCUCUGUAAUGGGCUUAGCCUGAAAUCACUUGCCGAGACAGUUUUGAACUUUCCACUUGACAAGUCCCUCCUGCUUCGCUGCAGCAACUGGGAUGCCGAGAAUCUUACUGAGGACCAGGUAAUAUAUGCUGCCAGGGAUGCCCAGAUUUCAGUGGCUCUCUUUCUCCAUCUUCUUGGAUACCGUUUCUCUAGGAAUUCAACUCUAGAUGAGAACGAUGACCACAUGAGCUGGAGGGAAGUCUUGGAGAAAUGCCGGGAUGUGGUAGACAUCCCGUUCCGAAGCAAAGGAGUGAGCCGAUUGGGGGAAGAAGUUAAUGGGGAAGCAGCAGAAGCCCAGCAGAAGCCCAAAAAUAAGAAGUCUAAGAUGGAUGGAGUGAUGCCAGGCAACCACCAGGGGAGAGACCCCAGGAAGCACAAAAGAAAGCCCCUGGGGGUGGGCUACUCGGCCAGAAAAUCACCCCUCUAUGAUAACUGCUUCCUGCAUGCUCCUGAUGGACAGCCCCUCUGCACUUGUGACCGAAGGAAAGCUCAGUGGUACCUGGACAAAGGCAUUGGAGAGCUGGUGAGCGAAGAGCCUUUUGUGGUCAAGCUACAGUUUGAACCUGCGGGAAGACCCGAAUCUCCAGGAGACUAUUACUUGAUGGUUAAAGAGAACCUGUGUGUAGUAUGUGGCAAGAAGGACUCGUACAUUCGGAAGAACGUGAUUCCACACGAGUACCGGAAGCACUUCCCCAUUGAGAUGAAAGACCACAACUCCCACGAUGUGCUGCUGCUCUGUACCUCCUGCCACGCCGUCUCUAACUACUACGACAACCACCUGAAGCAGCAGCUGGCCAGGGAGUUCCAGGCCCCCAUUGGCUCUGAGGAGGGUCUGCGGCUGCUAGAAGACCCUGAGCGCCGGCAGGUACGUUCUGGGGCCAGGGCCCUGCUCAACGCGGAGAGCCUGCCUGCUCGUCGGAAGGAGGAGCUGCUGCGAGCCCUCAGAGAGUUUUACGACACAGACACAAUCACGGAUGAGAUGCUUCAAGAGGCUGCCAGCCUGGAGACCAGGAUUUCCAAUGAAAACUACAUUCCUCACGGGCUGAAGGUGGUGCAGUGCCACAGCCAGGGCGGGCUGCGCUCCCUCAUGCAGCUGGAGAGCCGCUGGCGUCAGCAUUUCCUGGACUCCAUGCAGCCCAAGCACCUGCCCCAGCAGUGGUCAGUGGACCAUAACCAUCAGAAGCUGCUCCGGAAAUAUGGGGAAGACCUUCCCAUCAAGCUGUCGUGAUAGCCGCUUUCCUCCCAGGUUAGGACAGCUGGGAAGCUGAGCCAAGGUGGGAAAGUCACCUCUUCCCAUGUCAUUCAUUGUCAGAGCCUAGUGUCGCAAGUCAGAAUGCUAACCCACGCUGAUCCCAGGAUGCUUCUGGUGGAGCAAGGCUGUUGCUUCCAGGGGAGCUUACGGGUUUGAAUUUUAGUCGGGCAGGGUGAGAAUUCUUUUUCCCUCCCUCUUAUUUUAUUUUUGUGGACCAAAGGGCCUUGGCCUUUAUUUUACUUUCUUUCUUUUGCUUUCCUUGUACGGACAGCAAAUGAAGGAUUCUUCCCUGAAGCGACUUGUCAAGUUGCUCAGGUUUUUAAUACAUCUCUUCCCUGUGCAGUAUGUUGGUUUUUCUCAAACAGGGGCAGUCAAGGAUUUUAAUCUCAUCGGGUUAGGAGGGGAGAAAACGUUCUUCCAGAGGUUGGAGGGUCAGAUUUGUUUUUCCCAGUUCAAGCACAUCUUCGUGAUAAAUUCCUUGGCUUUAUGCUCUCCCACGACUCACCUGGUUGAGAUCCAUCCCAUCUAGGUCACUUUGGUUUAUUUCCAUACUUGAGAAUGCUCCCGUUUCCACGUCCAGGACCACAGCAGCGACUUCCUGCCAUAUGCUUCCACCCGAACACUGGAGGAAAUCCUUUUCUGGAAGUAGGCCUUGAAGCUGGCUGGGGCAGAGAGAAGCAUAAGCAACCACCUCUCAAGAGAACUUUGAUACCUGCUCAGCUUUCCCUUUCAUGCUGUUUGUUGUCUGUUUGUUGUAGUCCUCUUGUCCAGAAGUGCAAGGUUUUUAGCUUAAUCCCUUUCUGAGAGGAAGAUUAUCUUCUGUCAGAAUCAGUGUCAGGCCCCUUCCGUGUUCUGUGUUCCAUCAGAUUUGUAACACUGACCUCUUUUAAGCACUUAAUUCUCUCCUGGAGUCCUUUGGUCAGGUUGCCUUGUGAGGAUUUGUCCACCUCCCCUCAUGCCUGGGACUCAGUUAAUACGUUCAGAUGUUCAAAACGGUGGCGUUUCAUCUUUUUAUGUGAGGCCACCACUUUGAGCAUGAAAUAAAGUUUUAGUAGUGAUUAGUAUUUUUUCUAAAGUUUUAGGAAAACUUUUUUACCUUACAAGAUCUUAGAAAUUUGAAAAAGAAUUUUAUGGCCAGAAUCCAACAGGAGCUGUUUUGAAAUCGUGCCCGAGUUGGUGAUGGUUGUUCUAACACUGAUAAAUAAAACCUCUUCUAAGCACAAAGCUCACUGAUGGUAAAUGUAAACCUUUUUUCUUCACAGCUUUAUAGAAUUGGUAACUAUUCUUGGGGGAGGGGAUAUUUGCCCUUCAGGUCCCUGCCGUGUGGGGGCAGGGUGUGCCCAGUGUGUGCCCAGACGCACCACAUACAGUGCGGCCGCAGCCCAUCCCCGAACGGUCUGCAAACGAGUGAGCACAUCUUGCAUUUUGCUCCUCUGCCCCUGCAUUCCCCUUGUCCUCAGACAGGCAUUCCUGGGAUCUCAACUGGAAAUCCUUGAAAAUGAACAGUACCUUGGGGACGGGAUGUUCGGUGCGGUUAUGAUGGGUUAUUAUGGGGCAUGCGUGGCAGUGGCUGCACCCCAUGCUCGGGAGUCCCAGGGGGUGGAGAACCACAGAGACUGAGGGGUGGUCGGCAGAGCAGGCAGUCUUGCCACAAGGUGGCACUCAUAGAUUUUGUUUUAUAUUCGUUCUUGAGAAGUAGGGCUUUUAUACACAGUUCCUGAACAUAACUGAUGACUUAGGUUUCCAAAUUUGUGUAGCUGAUUUGGGGUCAUUUUGAUAGGUUUACCAGAAAAACUUCUUCUUCUGAAACAGGGAGGAGGGCGCUUUCAUUCUCUUUUUCUGGGAUCCUCAUGCCAAGAGGAGAGAAACACAUACGAGGUCAUUUAGGUGCAGCGGUUGCUGUGGGAAGAAGGAAUCGAUCUUGCCAGCAGACCUUCCUGCGUGGGCAGCCAGCCUAGAGGGAGCAGCUAGCCCGGCACACGGGAUUUCUGCUCCUUCUCACAGGUUACAGUGUAGAUCUGACUCUUUGUUCUCUGAGUCAGCCUUGGACUGCAGCAGACUUUGCCUAAGAUGGUUGUGAUCUCAAAUGAGAUAUCUUAUGGUAGACAUAUUAUAGGACAAAUAUUUAUUGGUUUUUGCUGAUAGAAAAGUAGUGUAUGUUCGUUACAGCUGAGUCUAAAGAAGGAGUAAAAAUCACGCAUCUUCCCUCCGUCUAGAAUAGAGCUGACCUUUGCUGGUAUGUCCGUGACUUUCCUUUCACUAGUUAAAAAUGCAAACGAUAAAAGCAAAAUUCAGAGUUAUAUGUAUAUACAGCUUGGCAUCGUGUUUUUUCCCUCUCACUUAACAUGGCAUCACAAGAAAUUAAUUUCCUGUGAAAGAUUCCUGGUGGCUCUACCUUACUUUAGUUGUCCAUUCCCUCACUGUUGAAAAUUAUGGUUGUUUGAGAUCCUUUGUUAAUGGCAGAGAUACUGGGAUGAGCUGUCUUUUGUAUAAACCUUUGACCGUACCUUUGAUACUUUCCUUAGGAUAGAAUCCUAGAAAUUGGAUGGGGAGGCAAGGGCUCACAUUGCUGGACUGAGGAUCAAUCGAUACCACCUUUUAGGAGUAUAUAUCAAGGGACUGCUUCUCUCCGACCCUCUAGCUCGUGUCCCAGGGCACUUGCUGUGCUUCCAUGAGAGCAGUAGUGAGAGGACAGGGUCAUGGCAGGGGCAGGGCCUCUGUGAGUGUGCCGUGAUGGUUGUAUUUCUAGGCUCAGAGCCUUUUCUCUGCUUCCCCUUUGUCUCCCAUCCUUUACUGACUCAUUUCCCCUUACAGUCAAUAUUUUUUGGAAACGCUAUUUAUUUUAAAAUAAAAAAGGUAAAAUAAAAUUUACAGUUCUUUUUUUGUGUGUGUGAAACACAAGCAAUCGGAGAUUUGCUCUCCUAAAGUGAACAAGGUCCAAUACUUAGGGAUUUGUUGCUUUUUAAGCGUGCAGCCGUAAGUUACUUAUUCUAUCCACAUCACGGAUGGAGAUCCGAUGACAAAAUGUGUUCUGUUGAAAUAAAGCCGUUUUAAUCCCUCAUUUUAGACUCUUAGGAACCCAGCAGGCAGAAAGAGCUUUUGUUCAGCAUCCUUUACUACCUGUUCGUUUGGAGCCCUAACAUCUGACUGUAAUUCAAGUUCUUGGUUUACUUUACCUCUCUGAGUUUUUCAUUCAUUCAUUUAUCCUUUCCUCUUUUUUUUUCCUUCAUUAUGUCUCAUCCUCAUGAGAGGUAUCAUUUUUUACUUUUAAAGAAGAUAGUUUCUCGGUACGCUAGUUUACUGAUUAUUACAUAUUUUAAAAGGGUCCUUCUUUCUGAUCUUUUGUCUUUUCUGUUGAGUAGUGGCCAUUUUUAGAGUACCUAAUCCUUUGGGAAUACAGUGAGAAUCAGUCUUUCUUGGAUGAAAUAAGCUGAAAGAGGAUGUAAGAAUGACCUUGUUAUGAUUGAACUCUUGGUCCAAAUAACAUACACAUAAUGCAUAGUCCCCUGAAUACUUUUGCUUUGGAAUUCUGUGAUACACUGUAUGUAUUCACCACGUUGUCUCCUCGUGCUGGAGCCUCAUACCUUCUGCUUGUCCCCAGUCCUGCAGCGGUUUCACGUCAGGUGAUGGAGCAGGGCUUAUAUACAGCCGGAUAGCUUACUUGUUCAAAUUACCUAUCCUGCCAGCCUGCUAGGAGAUGUGUUAGUCACCCCCUUUGCUUGAGGCACCAAGGCCCUUGCUUUAAUGCCAGGAUGUUAUUUGGGAGGGUGAGAAGCACAUUAGACUGUUAUUUCCAUCUAACUGGCUCUGUCUGUGGCCCACUGUUGUUGGAGGACCCUAGAUACGGUGGGUUACUGGACCAAGUGGGUAAUCAUUUGGGGGAUAGUCAAGAACUGACUUCCUUUGCAUCGGAAUAGGGAAUGUCAGAGGACCUAGUUCACCUAUCCUGGGUUGUAUCCUCUUCUAAUGUAGUGCACGCUGCCUUAAAAGGUCAUUCUCUGCUCUGAAUGGAAGUAGUUAAUCUCCUACCCUCCAGACUGAACUCAGAGCAUUUGCCUUCCUUCUGACUUCCUUAUUCAUUACUCGUUCUUCCAUUUUCCUCUUGCGAAAUGGGUAGUCUGUUGCCUUUCUGCCUGCAUAAGCUCCAAAAGUUGCUGAGUUUGAAGUCAGCAUUAUUAUAAGCAUGAUGUGUGGUCCAGAAUAUUCCUGAGUUAGAGAGGCUAGUUAUAUUCUAUUCUAGCUUCCCAAAGAUCUUCCUUUUCAGGCUUCAACAUGCUGGGGCAGAGUUGUGAUUCUGACUAUUCAGGCCACCAGAGUAUCCAUUAAGUCCUGGAUAAGAACCAGACAUUUAAGCUUAGUAAGCUAACAGCUGAAAAGAAAUGGGAGAUUAAGACAUGGCCAGAUUUAAAAGAAGUAUGUUUAUUUGGUUAGUGGGUUGAUGGGGGUGUAUCCCAUGGACUUAACUUUCUCUUUUGCUUUUCCCCAUACUCAGUUCUGUCGUGCGUUGGCAGGAUCAGAAGAGUGGGCUGGUGACCUGGGGUUGGGUUCUGGCCAUUAGCCAUGUAUCUUUGGACUAAUCGCUGGACUUUUCUGGACUCCUUUCUUUGCCAAUAAAGUUAGAAAUUGAAAUUAUAUGUGCUGUAAGGACCCUCCUCACUGUAGCAUCCUGUAACACAUCCCCCGUUUCUUAUGUGGUACUUUCCCUUGGGAGCUGUGUACCUUCUCCUUCGUGGCACACCCUCAUCUUGUCCCUAGCUCUGGAAAUGGAGACUGUGCAUGGAAAGUGGGGGGGGGGGGGGGGGGGAUGAGGAAAGCAGGAUGCUACGCCAUGUCCUCCUGGCCUCACUGACUAAAGAGAAGCCCGCUUCCUCCAUCUGGUGCUCCCCCCUGGAGCUGAAAUACGUUUCUCACCAGAGAUGUGCUGUGUGCAGCCUUAGGGAACUCACAUUUCUACUUAGUUCACUAUUUAACAAUAAAGAAAGAAGAGAAAGCUUUAUCUUCAGUCGCAUUGCUAGUGCUGUAAAGUUUAAUAAGAGAUAAGCACAGAAUGGAAACGAGGCAACUUUGUCAGGUAUCGUAGAUGGAAAGAUAGUGAGAAAAAAGGAGCUAGUGCUUCUCAUUUUAAGGAUAGGAGAAAUUAAGGCUAUACUGUAGAGGAUUGAAUAGAAUUAAGUACUUUAAAAGGCAAACAUUAAACCAAUAAGUUAAAAAUAUUCUCUCUUUUUUUAUGUUGUCAUGACUGCCUAAGAAAAUUUGAGGGAUCCAAAAUGUUAACACAUUGUUAUCCUUCUGUACGUCCUAAGACAUGAUCAACUCACGGGGAGACUGCAAAGUUUCUGGGGCCUGAAUCUUGUAUAACCCUGACUUGCCUUGGACUUUGUCCCUCUUACCUCUGCCUGGCCAUCAGCAAGACAGACAUCUGCAAAAUGUGAAGUUUAUAUUUAAUAAGCUUCUGGAAGACAUUUCUCUCUAUAUAUAUUCGUUCCCUAUGACCUGGCAGAAAAUAUAUUUCCCAGUUCAUCCUUAGUGCUUAGUUUCAGUCCCAAAGAGGGUGUUGAUAUAUUGGCUUUUCUUUGUGUAGCACAGAUUUGGACCAAAUAUGCUAGACUUGCUCUUUUUACAAUAAUCACCCAGAUAUAGACAUGAACCCCCAUGUUUCUACCAAAUUAGGGUUAUUUUGCUGUUGUAGUUCUGGAAAAAGCAACCAGAUGGGAGGCAAAAGUAUAUUUCUCUGCCCUGACGAGCCCUAACUUUAUCUAAAAUUCUGACAUCUUUUGUUAUAUCCCACAGAGCCAACUAGAGUCCCAGUCUGCCAGCUUCAUUUGUUUGCUUUUAUGUUAUUUUAUUUUAUGUUAUUUUAUCUUAUUUUAUUUUAUUUUAUUUUAUUUCUUUCAAUAUUUUAUUUACUUAUUUUUUAAAUUUACAUCCAAGUUAGUUAGCAUAUAGUGCAAUAAUGAUUUCGGGAGUAGAAUCCAGUGUCUCAUCACCUACAUAUAACACCCAGUGCUCAUCCCAACAAGUGCCCUCCUCAAUGCCCCUUGCCCAGCCCACCCCCACCCAACACCCCUCCAGCAACCCUCGGUUUGUUCUCUGUAUUUAAGAGUUCUUAGUCUUUUUUUUAACCAAAGUAUGUAUGUCUGGCCCUAGGGUUUGGUUGGCCUGAGCUGUAGCCACAUACAGCUUCCUCUGAGUGCUUGGAUACAAUGAGCAGGACUAAUGUUGGCUUGGAAAAGGAGCAGGAGAUGGCUUGGGGUUCGUUUUUCUUUUUUAAAUGUUAUACAAGUGCAGAGCAGUUGGCUGCCGUCCCCCUCUCAAACCAUCAGCAGAGCUUGACCUUGGCCAAGAUUGUGCCUCAUCCUCUCGGCAUUUUAGCAUAGAGUUGCGUUUCAGCCCUGGAAUGCUUAACCAAAAGCACAUGCUGUAGUGAUGGUUUCCAAAGAACGAGUUUUUACAAAAGGUCUACAUCAUGUUGUCUUCUCAAAACAACAGUUUUCUCUGAACCACCAACCCAAUAAACCCCCAAAUGGUGAUUCUUUGACUCAUUUGUUCACAAGGGCUACGGGGUUUUGUUGUUGUUAAUAAUACUUUAUUGAAGUGCAGCAUAAUGAACAUACAAUAAAAUACAAAUCUUAGGAGUAGAGCUCGUGAAUUAUGACAAAUUGUAUGCAUCCAUGUAACCCUCCCCUCCCUUCCCUUCGCCUCCCCUCUAUUCCCUCCCCUCCCUGUCCCAUCCCUUCCAUUCCCUUCUUUCUCUUCCCCUCCCUUCCAACUUCCUUUCUUUCUCCUUUUCUUUUGUUGAGCAACCACUCAUCACAGCCCUUUACUGGCUUGAAUUAGCUAAGCAGGACCAUCCUGCCCAGACUUGGGGCCAUGUUGCUUGGGGACUCCCUGUUCCUGGCCAGGGACAGCCUGGCUCUUGUGGGCCCCUCAGCCUGCCCACAGAACAUGAUCUCCUCUAGGGCCCUCGGCCAGGCCUGAAGCUGGAGGGGCAGCUGGAAGCACCAGGGCAAGGGCCCUGCCUUCUCCCGCUGGCUGAGGCAAGUUUCAGAAAAGGCCGUUCACUGCUCAGUGGUGCUGGGCUAAGGAAAGGGAUGAGUUGGGAAGAGAGGAGCCAGGCAACGAGUGAACGGGGGACUCGGGAUUGGAAACCACUCAAAAGAGGAGAGCCCCAUCUCCUCCUCAGUGUGAGUCACUUGGUGUGCAGACACCACAUCAGUGUCUGGCCCACCUCUGUUAUGCUCAGCACAUGGGAGCCUUUGCAUUCCAGCUUGUCCAGGGCUGUGUGAGGAGGGUCAUUGAUGAAGUACUCACAAAAGUUGUUUCCCAAGAUGCUUUUCUUUGAGGCCCCCAGAUCAACUCUGGAUCACAGUGCUCGUUGCCCACCAUAGUGGGGCCCACCUCCAUGUGGAUCGGGGUGCUGAUGAGCAGGUGGGGCAUGGGGUGCGAGUCUGGGCCAGGGUCCCACCCAGGGCUUUGGGCUCAGCGCCGGUGCCAGCCCCUGAGGUUCCCGGACUGCGACUCCUGUCGCCCGCCCCCCCCCCCCCAACCCCUCCCCCAAGUCCAGUUACUCCAGCUCUCAGGACUGGGGUUUCUUGUAUCACAUGGAACAUCUAUUCUGACGAUGUACAGCCUGGGAUUGGAAGGUUGUGCAUUCAUCUACCUGAGCAAAUUACCAUAAGACAGCAAAUCCAGGUCAAAAUGGGAUAAAGACUUGGCAUCUGAGUCUGGGCAGUUUGUUGUCACAUCUACUUGAUGUGGUUGCUGUAAAGCUUCACGAUACUUGUUUUUUACAAGUUACUUUUGAAAAUAGGUGAUAUGUGCACAUAGUACAAAAAACAUUUUUUUUUUAAUGUGUAAUGAAAAGGGAAUCUCUCCAUCAUCCUUUCCCUCGUGAAGGUAACCACUGUACCUGUUCAGCCUGAGGGUGGAGGCUGGAGCGGGGUGGGGGUGGGGGGUGUUUUUUAAGUCCCAGCUCUCUCCUUUGGUUGUUAACCAAGAAUAUGUUUCUCUGCCUUCUCUUUAUACUCUAGGCUCUGAUGUAGGGCAUUUAUACAGAAACUUGGACCUACAGCUUCAGGAUGACUAAUCCUGUUUGUCCUGUCCUGUUAAGUUCAUUCUCUGUAUCUGCCAUCUGGCUCAGAAGUCCAAGUUUCUCACCGGAUUGGCCAUGAGUUGAUGAUUGUUGGAGCUGGGUUUUUUAAUAUUAGGCUUGCUUCUUUUAAAAUACAUAUUUGAAAUUCUCCAUAAUCAAUUUUUUUUUAAUUUGUAUUUCUUUAGCAGUGGCUCCUGCAACACGUUUAUCUACGUGUUUUUUGUUUGUUUGAAAGUAAUGUUUAAUUGCAACCUACAAGCAGACUAUAGGUGGAUCUCUAGACAGUCACCUCCACCCCAUAGCCACCCAAAUCAGACAUUGAUAAUUCUAAGGUUACAAACAUGAACUGGGGUAAUUAUUCACCUUCACAAGCCAUUCUUCUCUUUAAACAUAGGAUUGACCUCAGAUUUAUUUUGAAAAGCCAGCUUCUCUGGCAGGCAAAAUUUGACUUGAUUUGUACACUAAAUUUUUCAAGAAUAUAAAUGUCAUGCAGAGCAGAGAACUUAUAUUCAGCCUGGAACAGUAUUUUACACAAUUUACGGGCACAAGAGCCAGGGAGGGAAGACUUCUCGUUCUCAACCCUCUCAAUUGGAGAGAAACCAAAGCUUGAUGGAUGGAUGGCUUUCCUUAGCCAGUUUUAGCUCCCAGCCUUAUUUUGUAUUCCUCUGUGGCAAGUGGAUGAGAAGUCAGGUCUUCCCCGGAUUAGAGCUUCCCAAAGAUACACAGUCCAGGGAAAGGAGCGAGGCUGUUGGUGUUUUCCAAUUCAAGUCCCAUAUGGUUUCCCUGGGGCCAUUUUAUCUUUGACAUCCUUUGGUGCUCUCUUCUUUGUCUUGCUGCUAUCCAAUCACCCAAGGCCUCUUCAGUCCCCAUUGCAACUGUUCCCACUGGUCAGGGAGCUCCCUGGGAGCAGCCCUUUAGAGCAGCUGUCACAGUUGAGCCGCAUCUGCUUUCUGACAAGCUUGAAGACAGAAUGAAGGAAGUCAUUGAGACUUUCCCAGUGGAAGCGGAGCACACAAGCAGCCUUUGGGACAUGGAUCAAUAUGCUGUGCGUUUAGGGGGCCUGGCAGCUCGUGUCGGGGGGGAGGGGGCUGAUUCCCAGAGGGGGCAAGGAUCCCAUGGUCUCAGCUCUGUCGUCAUGCAGGGUCCUAAUGCCGGAAUGGUUCCCGGAGCCUUUGGCUCCAGCCUUUCCUGGACAGGGAAACAGACCGAGGCAAAAUGCCUGCUGUGUCUUAAAUAGAUUCUGCUCACUGCAGCCAAUAAGCCCAACAGCUUGGGAGGAGAACGAGCCUUCCCGAGAGAUUUCUGUUGCACCAUUCCUCCUGCCUCCUGCCCCUCACAUACUGCCCCCUCCCAGCCCUCCUGCUCUUCCUCUCUGACCUGAUUCUUCUCACAGUUCUCCUGGUGGUUUCUUUUCAGGCCUGUCUGGUUUUGGUAUUCAUUACACUUUUAUUGGUUUUCGCUCUCUGCUUUUUCCUUCCCUGAAGCUGUUUUUCCUCAUACUCUGUAUCUUUUCAUCUCUUGUGUCCACUCUGUCAAGUGCACGUCUCCAUCUGCUGCUCUUGUCUGACUCUGCCAUGGCUUCUCCAUUGUCCCCUUGCCUGCACCUUCCCGUGGCCUGCUGGCUGACAGCCUGCCCUCACCAGGGCUUCGUUGACCCCAGAGAGAAGUCGGGUGCAGGGAUUUUGAAUGGACGGUGGAGGAGCCUACCUUGAGCAAUCCCAGUUACGGGGCAGGUGACACUGCCAGUCUGGGUAGUGGACCUCAAAGAUGGUGGCCGUUGCUGGGCAGCGUGGCAGUGAAAUAGGUAAGUCAGAAGAGGGGAGGUAGGGGACACAGGAGUGACGGCCUGCACCCAUCGAAGGUGAUAAGAACAGGAGAUAGAAGAAGAAGGCCGGGUGGUAGCUAGACGUCACAAGGGAAAGCUGAGCAGGAGCUACACUAGGGGAGAAAAACAGGGGAGCGAGACCAGUGAGAGAGGCCAGCUCUGCCAAACAGAGGCCAGCAGCAUGAGGGUGGGGCCAGGAGAAAGGGGAGCCUUAAAGACCCUUCUCCCCGUGCAUCUCUGGUCCUUUUGUUCUUUUUCCUUUCAUGUUCCUGCCCUCGUUAUAUCGGCAGAAAACAAAACAAAAAGCAGUCUGUCUUUGAAAGGGAAUGGCAAGAGCUGGAGAAUUUAAAGCUGGAUUCUUGUACUUCCCCAUUUACUGGACUCUUGGGCCCCUUUGCGCAUCAGGCUGCUGGAGCCAUGAGAGCCAGCCCCUUACUGGAACCCCUUGAAUGGAGUCCCUAUACCAGCCCGACAGCCCAGCCAGAGUGGCGGCAGCAAGGGCAGCCAGCUGUGGUGCGCACCCACAGAACCCUUCUAUGAGCAUGGGGCAGCCGGGGGGGCAGGGCUGUCGGCCAACCCAGCUGGAGGGCUGGGACUUGGUGUUGGGCAGGGCCUGGGCUGAGGGGUGGCUCUUCCAGGGCAUGACGCCGGUCCGUCAUGGUCUCCUCUACGCCCAGGAACUAAGCUGCAAAGAGGCCUGUGGUAGAAGAAAGAGAAAGGAAGACUCUUGCUUUAAAAAAAAAUGUUAAAACUGAAGAGGUAAUAAAUGCAUGUGGCAAAAAAUUCAAAAGAUACAAAAGAACGUGUGAUGAAAAGUCUCCCACUUCUGUUCUGAAGUUCCCUCUUCAGGCAUCCUGGAUGUACCAAUUUCUUGCACAUUCUUCUAACUUCUCCUUUUUAGGUCUGCUGUUAAUCUAGUAGUUUUUAGAUUUUUGAUCCAAUGGAACAUUUGAAACUGGAUGUAUAUGUAUGUAAUGUGUGUGGAGGGACUAAACGAUAAUAAAGAAAAUUGUAUCUCGG